AUGUCGGUCAAGGAUGUGGCGAAGAAAUCUCGCGCCAACGUUUCCCCACCCCUUUCAUUCUUACCCUCUGCUCCUCACGUUUGUGGCCGUGCCAUCAUCCUGCCUAUCUUGAUUAUCCUAACCUUAUUAUAUUGUGUGAAGCAUAAUCCUUAUUCCACCCAUGUUCUCGUCGAUUUCACCUCAUUCUGUUACUGGGACUGGGAUUCUGUUGUACAACGUUCAUGCAGGAGGAAAUCUACUAUCCUGAGCAUUUUAACAGCUCCUCAAACUACAAUCUCAUCGAGCAGGAAACGUCAAGACCACCAAACCAGGAAUGUGAAAAGCGAGCAGAAGACGGACAUACUAUUGUUGUCGAUUAUGGAGGCACAUUGA